AACAUGAUUUCCAACACUUAAACUAAUUCCUGAUAUACUUCAUAUCUAAACACUAUGUUUUGUGAAGUUUCUGACACUGAACAAAUUUCCCGAAGUACAUUUUGAAACACUAUAUUUUCAUAUUAAAUAAGUUAUCCAAAACCAAAGCCGUAAAGAAAACCCAAACGAAACCCCAAAACAGUUUUUUUAGGUUAUCUACAUUCAUGCUCUGAACAGGCUGGGGUUAGCUGUUGAAGCCCGAUGUAUCAAUCCGGAGUCUCUGUACGGUUAGUGUCUGAAGGUCAAGACAUUGAAGGCCGGUGGUAUUGGGUCUAUUUUGGAUAUGCGCCUCCGACGUUAAUACUAUUAGUACAAGCACAUCAAACUGAUCCUUUGGUCACUAAUAGUUUGGUCACAUAAUAGAUUUUUGGAAUAGACUUAGUUUCAUCGUGCAUGUACUUGAUGUCAAAUUUAGGAAGACUAAGUGAUGAUUCAUUUUGAGUCGUGGAGUGGAUUCAUCUAAAUGUGGUUAAAAAAAUACAAUGAUGGCGAUUAGGUAAACUUGAAUCCAAUUUAGUGAUUCGGAGUGAUACUAGUCUAGAUAGCCUUAUAGUGCAUGACUGCCUGUAGUAUAAUUUAUGUUGAGGUUACAGCUUUGUACCAAAAUUAGUGUGAAGUUGAGCAAAAAAAUAAAAAAAAAAUAAAACAUUUUUGGAAAUGGCUCAAAGACGUCUUGGAGAUGCGCUCGUGUCAGCGGUUAUUGUUGAUAACCGGAAGAUGCCAAAGAACCGGGUGUAAGUUUGGAAUCUCGUCGGUUAUUGAUCCGGUUUAUCAUCCCUGCGAUCGAUUUCCAUAAGCGACCUGGUUUUGAUCUUCAUAACUAGUACUAGAGUUUGAAGAUCACAAACGUGAAGGAAAUAUAUGGAAAAACCAAGAAAUCUUUUUAUGGUUUCUUCCUUCUUAAUGGCGUUUUUAUUUGCUUAUUCUGCAUCUGUCCAGCUUAAUGAUUCUGAUUGGUAUCUUUGGCUUCCUCUGUACGCACUAGCUUCUGCAGUUAAUCUGAUCAACUCAAGAAAAAUAUGUAAUAAAUCAAGAAGAAUUAGACAGAUAACGAGAACAGCUCUUAGCUUGGGUUUGUUCUUGUUGGUUAAAGUCAUUACGGAGGAUGUCAUAACAGAGAGGGUUGGAAUCUUGUCUUUGGAUCUCACUCAUAGAGUUGUGAGAGAGAAGAUCGGAAGUGGUUUGGUGAUAGCUUCUAUGGUUCUGCAACUACAAGCUUCUUGUUCAAUACCGAAAGAGAAGUCCGUUGACUUUGGGAUGGCUGCAACUGUAAUCUUUGGCUAUGGACUUCCCUUUUGGUUCUUCACCAUACAGAAUGGAGAAAUCAAGAUUUAACUACUUUUCUUAUUUUGAUUAUGUAUGUUAUAAUUACAUUCAUUCGCAAUGUCGCUACGACCUAGAACUGGCUGCAAAUCAGAUAAAGCUGUCUAAUAAGAUUCAAUGAGAAAGUAAAAGAUUGAAACAAA